AUGUUACUAACAACGUCAACCACUAGUACUACAAAUGCCACAUUAAACAAGAGAAUUGCGAUUGCCGCUGUCUUCUUCUUUGUGAUGAAUGGAAUAUUGAUAGCAAUUUACUUGCUAUUGCCCAAUUUUGAGCAAGUGACGCUCGUCAUCAACCAAUCGACGCGUUCAUCAUCUGACGCUCGUCGGAUCAUCCGAAUGGUACACAUCUCGUUUGCUUGUCUCUCCUUUGUGUCAAAUCUCGCGGGCGCACGAUUUUGUUGGAAAAGUCGUGUCCUCUCGAAAACAACUUUUUAUUUAUUGUUUACCGGCUCGAUAACUCGAUGUCUCUACUCGAUGAGCUCUUUCAAUUUCUACUAUUGCUACUUUGCCGAUUUAUAUUCUUUUCUUCUCAAAUGCCCCGAACAGCUAUUUUUGGCGCGUACUUUAUGGGGUCAAAUGUUUUUUGCCCCAAUUGUGUACGUUUCGGGUUAUCUGCAGAUUGCCCUCUCACUGAAUCGUUUACUAGCCCUCUCCUUUGACGGUCUCCCAGUACAAAAAUCUCAAGAGUAUCCCUGGCUACAGGUGGUCGUGGCCUGCGUUUUGGGCUAUAUCACAAGAUUGUUGCUUUUGCCUUUUGGUAUUCAUGUCGCGAUGGUCUCUUCGACGAUCACUCUCGAUUUCAUGUUGAUUCACAAGCUGAUGAGGUUGAAAAAACAAGUGAAGGUGACUAGUGAACGAUUUCUAUUAGCACAGAGCAGUGACAAUCUACAUGUUGCGGAAGGUCGACAGAAAGACCAUCAAGGUCAGCAAUCGAGGUUGACGAGGGCU